AUGAGGCACGCAGAGUACAGUACGCAUUUACCAGCCGGUAAUAUACAGUCGAUUGGUCUAAUCGCUUUGAUCGCCGCAUCUGGUUGCCCAGAAAAGGCGAUUACUAAAUACCAACUACUGAAUGUUCCGAACAUUCAAGUGGCAUGGCUCAAGGCAGCAGGCAGAGAGGAUCUUAUUGAGAAAAGUCAAAACCGAGUAGCGUACCGCUUUUGCUCUCGCCAUUUUCCCCCUUCAAGUGUAAAAAACAAGCUUUUAAGUUCAGAUGCUGUACCCAAUAAAUGUUUACCAGGGUCUAAAGAUGAAGAUGACUCAGAUGAUAUAGAGGUACAUCAAGAUAUAGUCUGUAAUAGCUGCAGCAAUUUGAUUCUUGGGUUCCGAUACAAGUGUGUCACUUGUGUUGACUAUGAUUUGUGUUCCAAGUGUGAGAUGCUAGAAACACAUCCUGAACACUACAUGUUGCGGAUAUCUAAACCACUGAAAUAUGGACUAGCAGACAAUUUGGUUAAGAAAUGGCAAGAAUUCUUUAAAUCUAAACAUAUUGUCCCCAAAUCUAAUAUGGCCAGUGGCUCAAAUAGUGAUAAUGACACUAGUGAUGAUGAACCAAUCACAAAAUAUGUAAAACAUUAUGAUAGUGGCAUUGACCUAUCAGAGGACACUAAAGAGAGAAUUAGAAAGGAGGUUACUAGAGUUCUGAAUAUAAAACCAGAUACAAAGUCGAAAAAGAACGCAAAAAAGAGAAAAGAUAGCAAUACAACUAGAAAGAGAGGCGGAGAGGAUACCGAUAAGCAAAGUAAGAGACAGAAAAGUAAAGAUGAUGAUGUUCAAUGUGAAGAAAGCAAAUCACAUGUUGAUAUUCCUGAAAUGGUCUUUGCUGAUGUCAAUGAACAAGUGGUGUAUGUUAAAAACGAAACACCUCUGUCACUGGAAACACCUAUGAAUGGUUUGUAA